AAGGGAAGUCGGGCUGGCUCGGCGGGGCGGACAGCAGCUCCCGCCGCUCGCUCGCUGGGGGCUGCGGUUCGUGUCGACUGCCCAGAGUCCAUGAACUGGCCCCUGCCUGCGCUGCCCAGCAAGCCCUGUCACCAUGGCCUACCACAGCUUCCUGCUGGAGCCCAUCAGCUGCCACGCCUGGAACAAGGACCGGACCCAGAUUGCCCUCUGCCCCAACAACCACGAGGUCCACAUCUACCGCAAGGAUGGGGCCAAGUGGACCAAAGUCCACGAGCUGAAGGAGCACAACGGGCAGGUGACAGGCAUUGACUGGGCCCCUGAGAGCAACCGCCUGGUGACGUGUGGGACCGACCGCAAUGCCUACGUCUGGACCCUGAAGGGCAAUGUCUGGAAACCCACCCUGGUCAUCCUGAGGAUCAACCGGGCUGCCCGUUGUGUCAAGUGGUCCCCCAAGGAGAACAAAUUUGCCGUGGGCAGUGGCUCCAGACUCAUCUCCAUCUGCUACUUUGAGCAGGAGAAUGAUUGGUGGGUCUGCAAGCACAUCAAGAAGCCCAUCCGCUCCACCGUGCUCAGCCUGGACUGGCACCCCAACAAUGUCCUCCUGGCUGCUGGCUCCUGUGACUUCAAGUGCCGGAUCUUCUCAGCCUAUAUCAAAGAGGUGGAGGAGCGGCCCAGCCCCACGCCCUGGGGCUCCAAGAUGCCCUUCGGGGAGCUGAUGUUCGAGUCGAGCAGCAGCUGCGGGUGGGUGCACAGCAUCUGCUUCUCGGCCAGCGGCACCCGCGUGGCCUGGGUGAGCCACGACAGCACCCUCUGCCUCGCCGAUGCCAACAAGAAGAUGGCUGUCACCUCCCUGUGCACAGAGACCUUGCCUCUCCUGGCUGUCACCUUCAUCACCGAGCACAGCCUGGUGGCCGCGGGCCACGACUGCUGCCCCAUGCUUUUCACCUACGAGGAGAACCAGGGGGCUCUGAGCUUCGGGGGGAAGCUGGAUGUCCCCAAGCAGAGCUCCCAGCGUGGCCUCACCGCCCGGGAGCGCUUCCAGAACCUGGACAAGAAGGCGAGUUCCGACACCGCAAGGGCCGGGCUGGACACCCUGCACAAGAACAGCAUCAGCCAGAUCUCAGUGCUGGUGGGUGGGAAGGCCAAGUGCUCCCAGUUCUGCACCACGGGGAUGGAUGGUGGCAUGAGCAUCUGGGAUGUCAAGAGCCUGGAGUCAGCGCUGAAGGAUCUCAAGAUCAAAUGAAGGAGCCAGCCAGGGAGGGUGCCCCACUGCCAGCCCCCCCAUGCCUGCUUUGUCCCCAAGCCCUGUGCCACCCCAGCCAGCCCCGGUGGCUGCUCUCACCCAAAGAAAACCUUUUCUUUUUUCUUUUUUAUUCCACUGUUUUUGUUACCACCCUACCCGAUGCUGGUCAUACAUCGCUUCAAGAAGCCACAAAUAAAGUUGGCAUUUUCCCUGCCUAAA